ACCCUGCAUCAACUGUAUGAUGGCUGACGUGGAGCUGGUGAAGAAGAUGCUGCGGGCCGUCCUCCAGGCCAACAGAGGUGGAGUGUCACUGUCCCGUCUGCAGUCAGAGUACAAAGAGCUGACCGGGGAGCAGAUACCACACAAACAGAUGGGACACAACAACCUGGAUGCACUGCUAGCCAGCAUGCCCUCUGUAGUCCGCACCGAGCGCAGCCGCUCUGGAGAGAUGGUGUGUUUUGCCUCAGGAGCCAAUGAGACGUCCCAUUUAGCCAAGGUGGUGGCUCGUCAGCGCAGCUCCAAGAAGACAGGCCGACCCCACCUGGUCAACACACAGAUGAGGGUCAAACCGGCUGCCCCACUCGUCCUCAAUGCCAAACCCCAAACAUCUCUGAGGCAGCCGAACCACCGCGGGCGAGGCGGAGGUCGAGGAGGAGGAGGUGGCGGCCGAGGGGCAGGACAUGGAGACUUCAGACAGGCGAGAGACAUGAGGGAUGGCCAGUCAGAGGGCAAGACUGGGGCGCAUCCAAACAAGAUGUCCAAUCAGAACACACCCAACAGGAAAGGGAACCAACCUGCAGAGAAGUCAGACAAGAGGAUGACCCUCCCGUCACGGUUUCAGAAGGAGGUGCAUGCUCACCUUUCCAGAAACUCCCAACAGACCGGUCUCCCCUUGAAUCUCAAUGAGAGCCUCAGCUCUGGGAAAGGCAAGCCCUACAACCCUCAGCAGGUCCAGGGUCGAAUCAUAGAAAUCCUGGGGAAGUACAGUAACGGGUUCUGGGUGUCGAAGUUGCCUCAGAUCUACAGAGAGCUGUAUAAACAGGACAUGCCCACUGAGGCCCUCAGAGACCUGGACACCUGGACACACAUAUGCACUGUAGAGAAAACCUGCAGCAGCAACCCAUCAGAGCUGCUACUCUACCCUGCCAAGAAACAGACCACCACAUCUUCCCCUCCACCCACCCUUACCCCAAACUCCACCUCUGCCCCUGUCCCAACUUCAAACACGCCCCCAGACAAACCCGUGCAGUCCCCUGUCCAGCAGAGACCCCCUAGCAUCCAUCUGACUCGCUCUGGUUCUCGCUCUCCGAAGAAUCCACCAUUGUCCUCCUCGUCCCCCAGCCCCCCCUCCUCCCCUGCCACCCUCAGCCCCGACCUGAAGCUGAAACUGGAGGAGCUCUUGGUGAAGUACUCCAAUGGCCUGUGGGCCCAUGCACUGCCCAAGCUCUUCCAGGACACCUACAAAUUUCAACUUCCUGGACACGUCCUUGAGAACCUUCAUCUCCUCUCCGACAUCUGCACCAUCGACUACCCGAUGCCUGACAACCCCAAGAGGGCCAUCCUGUAUAGGAGGAGCAGCAGUGGAGGUGGAGGAGGAGGAGGAGAGGAUGAAAACUGUAACAGGACGAACUCAGCCAGCGAGGAGGAGCUGAGGCUGAGGCAGGAGCUGGGGAGGAGGCUCAGUAACCACGCUGUGCCUUGUCUGCAAAUCCCCAAAGAGGAGUACCCCUCUGUGCUAGUGGUGGAGGCCACCAACACCAAUGGAGUUAUCCUCAGGUACAUUGGUGAAGGUUACUCCCAGGCUCAGGAGUCCAUGGAAGAUGAAAUGAGGGAGUUUUAUGGCAUCGACCAAGGCAGUCCAACUCCUUUGUCAUCUCCAUCCUCUGGCCAACUUGUUGCUGUCCGGGCUGAGGAGGAGGAGGAAAUUCUGAGGGCGCAAGUCUGCGAGGUCAUGGCUGACAAGGCCAAGGUGCACUAUGUGGAUCAUGGCUUCUCAGAGGUGAUCAGCAAAACCAAAAUGUUUGAGCUGCAUGAGAAAUUUUUCCAACUGCCUUUCCAGGCAACUAAAUGUAAACUUGCAGGCCUGGAGCCAUUCUGUCAGGAGCCUGCUGUGCUGAAGAAGUUUGAGACAAUGGCAAGUGGAAGGAUCCUAUUGGCUGAGAUCCUAGAGAGAGGGCAGACCCCUCUUGUUGUCCUGUACGACACGUCACAGGAUGAUGAUGUCAACAUCAACGCUGCCUGCAUGAAAGCCUUGCAUGACAAAACGCUAGCCAGCCCGUUACAGGUGAACAGCGCUUAUAUGAAUGUGACUGUCAGAAGCGUCUGCUCAGAUGGGACCAUCUACUGUCAGCUGCCCUCCAGAGGUCUUGCCAAGCUGAAUGUAAUACUGGAGAAUAUAGAGACAUACUUCCAUUUACAGGUAACAUCAGAGUUCCUGGUUUCCAGACCCUUCUGUGGGAAAGGGUGUCUGGCUCGCUACAAAGGCAAAUGGUCCCGCGUAGAGAUCACCAACCUGCAUGGCAGCAGAGUGCUGGACAUCCUGUUCAUUGAUGUGGGUGUCCAGGCUUCUGUAGAGGUGUUUGAGCUGAGAGAGAUUCCCCCUCAGUUCCUCUAUGACCUCAUGGCCAUCCCUCCACAGGCUGUGAAGUGCUGUCUAGCAGACCUGGCUGUCAGUGUUGGAUCCUGGAGUCCAGAUGCUGUCCAGUGGCUUCGAGAGAAAGUGCUUAACACCACAGACUGUAGCAUGAAGGUUGCCAAGGUAGAUGAAACCAAGCGCUGCAUCUACGUCCACCUUUUUACCGACAAGAACUUCCACGACCCGGCCCGCAGCCUCAACCAUCAGAUGGCCCAGUCUGACUUGUUCAAACAGCAACCAGAUGUUUUCCUGACGAGCCACAGGCCUGCCAAGAUCUCCACAGCAGCUUUAUCCUCCAAGGCUCCCAGCACCAGUGACUACAGUAAUGGAAGUCCAACAUCAACUUCUGUCCCAGCCAAGCCUCAUCAGAGGGCUCUAUCAGGACCCAAAGGAGAUGGAGGAGGAAACAUGACCACCACCUGCCCACCAGAGACACCCUCUGCCCCCUCAUCCUCUCUCCAGCUGCCACCGCUGUUAGAGCUGCCCCCAGCAGGAAACAACAUAGACGUCUAUGUAUCAGUGGCGUGCCAUCCAGGCCACUUUGUGCUGCAGCCCUGGAGAGAUAUGUACAAACUGGUGGUGUUGAUGGGCGAGAUGAUUCUCUACUACAGUAAAACUGAGCAGAAACCCCUCAACAUAGAAAAGAAUCAUAUAUAUGCUGCUAAAGUGGAGAACAGCUGGCACCGUGUAUUAGUGAAAGGUUUGACCAAUGGGCUGGUGUCUGUGUACGAGUUGGACUAUGGUAAACAUGAGCUGGUCAGCUGCACACAGCUCAGACCUCUGAUCAAAGAGUUCAGACAGCUGCCGUUCCAGGGCAUCACUGCUCAGCUGGCUGGAUUGAAGCAGAGGCAGUGGUCCGAGGAAGCUUCCAUCGUAUUCAGGAACCAUGUGGAGAAGAAACCACUUGUGGCCCAGCUAGAGGCCGUACAGGAAGCCACAAACCCAUGGGACAGGAAGUUGAUGGUCUUCCUGGUGGAUACUUCACAGGAAGAAAGGGAUAUCUGGGUGCAUGACAUCAUGACUGAAUUUGCUGAUGAGCUGACCAAAGAGCUGUAGAUAACAGAAGACCGUUGACAAGACUUACUAGCCUAGCAGUUGUCCUGUUGCACAAUGAAGACGCUGUGAGUUGUGGAUAGACAAAAUAGAAGAUGCAAGGUAUAAAAAAGGAAGGAGAAGUUACAAGAAGAAGUGAGAUUGGGAGGUUUGAUAGCAUGUAGGGACUGGCAUUAACAGAAAGACGAGAGGUGUAGGUGUUGUAGCCACUUGCUCGUUGUGUUUUGGGCUAAACAUCGAAGGAUGUUGUGAUUUGAUUUUGAAUGACUGCAGUGUGACCAUUGGACAAUUGGACUAUGCAUGAUGUUGGUCCAAACUUGCCACAAAUGCCCAAAACAUGCCAUCAGCUUACAUUAAGAAACUGCUGAAUCUAUCCAUAAUAUCCUCACAAAGCUGUUGAAAUGAUACAACAUGCAUUGUUAUACCAUUGGGUAGGGGCUUUAACCCAGAGCAGCAUCUACCGUACCGUCGGUUUUAGUGUCUGUCAUCCUCGGGACGCCUGAAUACCCUCAAACCUGCCAACGUUUGCGCCGUGCAAAGUGCACAAAAUGAUGAAAGGAAUUCUUCUCACAUGCUAGGACGACAUAUAAUGCAUUUGUUUACAAAAUCUGCUUUUCGGAUGGUAUUUCUGAUUGUCAUAAAAUGUCCAAAAGUUAGAGCAGACAUUCCACAGAGAAGUUAAGAAAUAGACGAGUCCGUGACUCACGGGAGACAUACAUAAUGUAGAGAGAACAGUAGGUAGUUUACACUUUUUGUAUAUGCUCGAAUAAACAGUUUUAGUUUUUGCAGUUGCCACGUUUUGCAUAUACAUGCUGACACUGAGUGUACUGUACUUACUGACCAAGCAGGACACAGGAGCAGGAGUUAAUUGGGUUUGGUGAGGAGGGAUAUACUUGAUGUAUGAUAUGUUUUUAUCCCAACAUUAUUUUGUUUUAGUGGUGGUACAUCCUGGCACUGACAGACAGAAGAUUGAGAUUUCCAUUGAAUUGAAAGCAUAAGACGGACAGUUCCUCAGACUCCUGACUGUGCAUUCCUUAAAGCCCACUUCAUGACUCCUGUGCCUUCAGUGCCACGUCUAUCUCUCCUCCUCCUGUGAAACACUGAGUUUAGUAUCUCUCCUUUAUUCUGUUUUCUGACAAUGAGACUUUAAUUUCACCAGGUCACAUGCUGCAUGUUACAGAUUGUUCUUAAUUGUGCAUAUAUACAGUAGAUGGAUGUUAUAAUAAUAAUAAUAAUAAUAAGCAGGUUGAAUUACCAGUUGUGUUUUUAGAUUUUCAAAUAGGAAAUAAGUUAUUCUCAUGGUUGGUUCCAGAUGUGGGAUUUUAUUCUAAACUGUGAAUUUUGUUUCUGACACUUCUGCACCAUGGUUUUGGAACUGUGCAAAUGCUUCUCCAUUUCUGAAGACUCCAUUUCUGACAAAGCUCAAAGCUGCAUUGUUGUUGACAAUUGACAUGUGACAUGAAUUUUAUUUAUAUAUAACUUAUAUUCUCUAGAAGAUGAUAAUUACUUUACCAUUUUGAUGUUUGACAAUGACCUGGAGGUAAUAAAAGACUUGGUUUUUGAAUAAAGUCUGUUUGAGAGGUUUAAA